CUUUGGCCUCGAGCCCCACACGACAACCCUCCCGCAGUCCCGCCCCGUCGCCGUAGCCGCUCCCCGCGCCGCCGGCGCCCCCGUUCACCUUCGCAGCUAUCAAUACGGCGUUCGCCUCGGCCAAACCUUCUUGCUGUCGCCCUCUGUCUUCCCCACUUCCCCAGUAUGGCGGAUGUCGUUUAUGCUGUGAUGGAUUCGGAGGUCUUGGUGGAAGAUGGAGGAAUCAGGGGGCAGGGCGAGAGCAAGGCCGAAGCUGUUGUUCCUGCUGAGAUGAAUUCCGAGGUGGAAGUUGGAGGGAGUGAUAGGAAGGAGGAGAGCAAGGACGAGGCGGCUGUUGACGCUGAGAGGAAUUCAGAGGUCUUCGUGCAAGAGGAAAGGGAAGAUGGAGGAAGCAAGGGGAAGGGGGAGAGUAGCGAGGACGAGGAGGAAGAUGGGGAAUCGAGCGAGGCUUCUUCGAGUAGUGAGGAGGAGGAGGAGGAGUCAAGUGAGGCCUCGUCGAGCAGUGAUGAGGAAGAGCAGAUAGCCAAGAAGCAUGAUGGUGUCGAGGACAUGGUGGCCCUCAUCAAAGAGGGUGAACUGAUGGUUGGGAUCAAUGAUGAUGACGAUGAGGAGGAGGAAGAAACAUUGACGGGUCAUACCAACUCCAAACAUGAAGUAAAGGUCCUUCCUCCAGUGCCAAAGAUUGAAAUCCAGCUGGAACCACAUCAUAAGGCACUCCCAGUGGGAACAAUUUCAUCUAUCAUGGGUGAAAGAGUGAUUGUUGAAGGGUCCGUGCAACACAAUCCCCUGAAUGAGGGUUCCAUACUCUGGAUAACGGAAAGCAGGAAACCACUUGGUAUUGUUGAGGAGUUAUUUGGUCCAGUAAAAAACCCAUAUUAUCUCGUCCGGUAUAACUCUGUGGAAGAAGUUCCUGCUGGGAUCAGUGCAGGAACUGCGGUCUCAUUUGUUACAGAGUUUGCAGAUCAUAUCUUGAAUGUAAAAGAGCUGUACACCAAAGGCUACGAUGAAUCAGGAGAUCAUGUUGAGGAUGAAACUGAUGAUCCUGAAUUCUCUGAUGACGAGAAGGAGGCUGAGUACAAAAGAUCAUUACGGAUGGCAAAAAGGCAGACUGAUAGGCAAUUUGAGUCCAAGAAACGUUCUGGUAAUAAGAGGAAGCAGCCCAGGGAUGCUGGAUUCCAUAAGGAUAUGCCACCUAGGAUCCACAAUUUACAGACACCAGGUCAUCAAUCAAAGCAUCGUUUUCAGCGCUCAGACUUGGCUGCUUCUGCUAACAACUCAGCAAGUUUGUUAGGUCCUCAAAACAUUUCUACAAGUCUACCAAUAAUGGCGCCAUCAGUCUCACUGAAUCCUGCUAUGGCAUCAGCCAUUCAGUUUACAGAUCAGAAAGGUGGUGGCUUCCCUAAUCCAUCACAGCAGUUCUUACCACAGCAGCCAAAUUUGAAUUGGCCUGGUGGGUUUCCGUCUCCCUUGUACCCGGACAUGGGGAUUAAUGGAGCUGCUUUUGCAGCUAAUAUUAUGCAGAACAUACUCAGCGCAGCCAAUCAAUACCAGCAAAAUUAUCAUAAUCAGAGUUUUGGUGGAUUCCCGAAUGGAAUGCCCAUGGCCCCAGCACAGUUUAUGCCGCAGAGCAGAAUGCCUGCAAAUCCAAUGCCGUUUGGUGGGCCGCCAGUAAAUCCUCCAUUUGGUCCGACAUCUGAAUUGGGCAUGGGGCAAGGGAACCCUUAUAAUCUUCAGCACUUGGCCGGCAACCAAGGGCAGAUGCCUCCUGGGUUACCCACCACACAAGGAUAUGGGAGCCUGCCACCAUCGCAUGGAGAUGGAGGUCAGUAUCCUAUGCAAUUCAGUUCUGGGCAGUUUAAUCAGGGUAAUCCUUCCUUCUGUGGAAGGCCGCAACACCAGGGAGGCCGGCAUUCACCGGGGAGAGGUGGUGGAGGGCAUCACAAAUAGGGUGACGCGCAGGCUUGCAUUUUUCUUCUUUACAGAAAGAAGUUCAGACUUCAGAACUACGUAAGUCUAAUGAUAAAUGGAGUGUUUACUUUCUGGUAUGACUAGUCUAUGUGCCUAUGUCGGUGCAUAAGUUUUCCCAUUACUUCUGGAUAAGAUUUUUUGUUGAACUACUGAAUGACAGAUUGGGAGUAAUAUAACUGUUAUGCUGUGUUUGGAUGUAAAAAAUUGGGUCUGGAAUCAUAGAAUCUGGAAUUCGGGAUCUAUUUCCGCCGUUUGGGCUGCCCUCUGAAUUGUGGCCUGGAAACUAAAACCACCCGCUCGCUCGCGUGCAACAGAACCAGCUCCAAUUCGGAGCUCGGCUCCUCGGAAACGCGUGGAAACGAGCCCGCGCGUACCUGUUCGCUCGAGCUAAACAAACCGAGCCCAUCCCCGAAACGAGCGAGGCCUCUCCCUCUUCCUCCCGACGGCAGCAACCAGCGACCUGCCGGCGGCGCGCGCAGGUAUGGCCUCCCUCCCCGUCUCCCUUCGCCGAUCUCCUCUUCCCUGGCCGACCGCCUCCAGGCUCUCCCAUCCCCGCCCCUAUCCCCCUGGCCGCCCCCCUCCCCACCUGGUCCUAACCUAAAUCAUGGGCACUACCAGUCGGCGACCGGAAGGUGAACGACGUCAGCCAAAAGUUUCCUUGAACUGGUAGCUACGACCGAUUAAUGGCGGCAAGGUGCUCCAAGGCUCCAGGCCAAGUCCACGGCCGACGGAGGCGAGCAAUGUGGAAGUACAUGUUGGCGCAGAUUCUCACAUAAUAAUCUGGCUUCCAACUAAUCCCGUCGAGAAUGCAGAGGCGCUAGUUGGCAUCUGUAUAUUAGUACAGGGUAGCGUCACAUAGAAUAGAACAGUCAAUUUGCAAAGGUAGCACAAACACGCCUGCGGAAAUAGACACGAUUUGUACUCCUCAUCUCGUAGCAUACCUAAUGUUAGAUUUUUUUCUUUUCGAUAAUGUGUAAGGUUGGACUUGAACACCACAACUUUGUAUUGUCCAAACUUAGCAAAUAAUUCAAUUGCGCAAUUUGUACAUCCAAACAGAAAUCGGAAUUGGGUAUCACCCUUCGAUUCCAACAGGAAAUUACAAGCACACCCAAACAACUGAAUUCGAUUUGGCAGCCAUUUCCUUUCCAACUUGGAUUUGGAAUUGAAAAUCCAAUUCAAUUCCAGGCCUAAUUCAGUGCAGCCAAACACAGUGUAAUAGUUUUGUAUUAGAGUCAUACGUAAAAGCUGAAGUUAAAAUGCUGUUAUCGUGGUGUAAUUUUCAGCUGCAAUCAUGCCAUGGAAUUGAAAUGAGCAUGUUAUACAGACCAUAGCUUCUUUUUCAUUUCGAUGAUGUAGCCAGAUGAACUAUAGUAUAACCUCUGUUCCCUUUUAUAUAAUAUUUUGGUAAGCCUAAUUGGCUUGCCAAAACGUCUUAUACAAAGGAACGGAGGGAGUAGUUUUUUUUUUCUUUUUCUUUUUUUAGCACACACAUUUUGUACUCGUUUAUAUUGAACUCAG